GCGAGAUACUGUUGCAUUAUGCAGUUUUAUUCACCUAUGAGCAAGGGCGAGUGUAGAUGGAUUUUUACAAAAUGUUUCCUAAAAUUAAUUCGCUUUUGGUUUUUAUAACAUUAUUUCAAUUUAAAAAUGCUGUUGAGGUAACCAUCGAACAAGGUGCACUAACUGGAAAAGCAUUUACGUCGCGGAAUGGUAGGGAGUAUUAUGGAUUUUUGGGUAUACCGUUUGCCAAGCCACCUGUUGGCGAUCUUCGUUUCGAGCCACCUCAACCUCCUGAACCUUGGAAUGGUGCAAGAAAUGCUACGCUUCUUCCUCCACUUUGUAUCCAGAAAGAUGUCUUCUCAUUCUUGGAUUCCGAGGUUGUGUGGGGACAAGAGGAUUGUUUAUAUUUGAAUGUAUUCAAACCAGCCAAGCCGAAACUGGUUCCAUUACCUGUGAUGGUUUGGAUACAUGGAGGAGGUUUCAUUAUGGGUGGCAGUGGUAUGUAUGAUCCAAAAUAUUUCAUGGAUCAUGAUGUGGUCAUGGUGGUAAUACAAUACCGAGUGAACAUAUUAGGUUUUUUGAGCACUGGAGAUAACGUUUUACCUGGUAACAUGGGAAUGAAAGAUCAGGUGAUGGCAUUAAAAUGGGUUCAAAAAAAUAUCGCAGCUUUCGGAGGUAAUCCAAAUUUAAUAACUCUUACCGGACAAAGUGCUGGUGCUGCGAGUACCCAUUACCAUAUGUAUUCGCGAUUAAGCAAAGAUCUCUUCCAUCGAGCAAUCAUUCAAAGUGGAAGUGCUUUAGCAGCAUGGAGUUAUACGCCAUUGAAGUUAGCUCGUCAAAGGGCUUUUGCUCUCGGUACAUUAACCCACUGCCCGACAGGAAACAGUAAAGAAUUAAUAAACUGCUUGAAAACUGUACCAGCUAAUGAAUUGGUUUCAGCGCAUGAUAAAUUUUAUGUGUGGGAUAAAGAUCCAAUGGCGCUAUUUUCAAUCGUUAAAGAACCGAAUACAGUGACAGAAGCUUUCAUGACUAAAAAUCCUUGGUACGAAGAUGAAAUUAAUAAGGUUCCGAGAAUUUCUGGAUUUACCUCGUCCGAAGGAUUAUUCAAAGUUGCCAGAUAUUUACAUAAAACAGAAGAGAAAAUGCGUUAUCUGGGAGCCAAUUAUAAACGCAUCCUACCUGUGAGUUUGUUUUACGGGUAUCAAGUUGAUUCGAAGGAAAAAAUCGAUCAAAUUACUGAAGCCAUAAUGAAGUUUUAUGUGCCGGAAGGAACUAUAAGCGCGGAAAGAUCUAUGGAACUAGUUGACAUGUAUACCGAUGGGAUAAUUACCUAUAGUAUGAUGGAAUCUCUGACACGUCGUACAAAUACUACUUAUUUUUAUUUAUACGACCACAGAAAUGAAAGAACAGUAGUAGAAUUGAUGGGACAAACUCAAAGAAAACUGGAGGGAGCCUGCCACGGAGAUGAGGUCAUCAGUUUAUUUCAUUUAAAUGGUCUUUUCCCGGAGGUUUCCAAACCUGAAGAUAUUAAUGUAUCCGAAAGAAUGAUCAAAUAUUGGGUGAACUUUAUAACAACUGGAAAACCAGAUAGUAACUCUACAUGGACCGCAGUGAAUUCCAAUGCCAUUGAAUAUUUGCACAUUACCACAGGUAAAGAUGAAAUGAAGACUGGAUUAUUGGCGAAAAGAUUUCAAUUUUGGAAAGAUUUAAAUGUUAUUCCUCCAUGUGAAUUACGUACUUAUUAUACAACAAUCGAGCUGCGAGUAAUUAUGUACAAACAAGUAGUGUUAAUUAUUUCUGUAUUGUGCGUUGCCGACGCGAAUAUUGUACGAACAUCGAAAGGGCAAGUUUCCGGAGUAUUAUUUACAUCACGCAAUGGUUCCAAAUAUCACGCUUAUCUCGGUAUUCCGUUCGCCAAGCCCCCCUUAGGACGGCUUCGGUUUCGAGAUCCUGAAGAAUCUGAUGCAUGGACUGGAAUUUUAAUCGCAGAUGAAUACGCUCCUGGGUGUCCUCAACCUGGAUGGAAAUCCAAAGAUGCAUUUAGCGAGGAUUGUUUGUAUUUGAACGUGUUUACUCCUGCGGUUAAUGAUUCGCUUGAUUUGGCUGUUUUGGUGUGGAUUUAUGGAGGCGGUUUUGUGAUCGGAGAUGCCUCCAUUUAUGGCCCAGAUUACAUCAUGGAUAAGAAUGUGGUAUUCGUUACAUUCAAUUAUAGACUUGGAGCUUUAGGUUUUUUAUCAGCUGAUGAUAAAGAUCUGCAAGGUAAUUACGGCAUGAAAGAUCAAGUGGCAGCUCUAAAGUGGAUAAAGAAUAAUAUCAAAGCAUUCGGCGGUAAUCCUGAAAAAAUAACUAUAGCUGGAUCCAGUGCCGGAGGUGCCAGCGUCCAGUGGCAUAUGAUUUCUCCCUUGAGUAAAGGUUUAUUCCGUCAUGCUAUCAGUCAAAGUGGAACAGCAACCGCUGUCUGGAGCGAGAUACCUCCACAUAUUGCUCGAAAAAGAGCUCUUACUUUCGCUUCAUUGGCCGGAUGUUACUACUCGUCAACUUCAGAAAUGGUUGAAUGUCUGAGAGAUAUCCCUAUUCAAGAUGUUAUCAACAUUCAAAGAAAAUUCAGUAUUUGGAAUCAUAACCCUUUAAUAUUCGGUAUCGUUGUAAAUAAUUAUUCCCACGAUUCGUUCGCCGUACAAUCUCCUUGGAAUACCAAUAGCUCAUCGAAAAUCCCAUGGAUGGUUGGGUUCACAUCUGACGAAGGAGCUGCACAAUUGAUUAAUGGAUUACUCAGCGAUAAUGGCACAUGGAUUGAUGACUUGAAUGCGAAUAAAAGAAGACUUCUGCCUAUGUUAUUGAUGCUCCAGUAUUAUGAUAAUGUUACAAAAUAUGAGGAUGAAGAGAUUAUAACAGAUAAAUUGGUGAAAUGGUAUUUCAAUGAUAAACCUAUAUCAAAGGAUACAGUAAAUAAUUUGAAAAAUUUGGUAGCUGACUCUUAUGUUAUCUACGCUGCCACCGAAUCUUUUUUCAAGCACAACGCUACGAAAUAUUUUUACGUUUAUGAUCACGUUAAUCAUAACUCGUUUGCUGAAUUUGAACCGAAUAUUUUGAACAAAAAAGAUUUAAGAGCAGUUCAUUGUGACGACUUGAUUAGCUUAUUCAGAACAUCGUAUUUUCCUAAAAAUUUGACUGGCGAUGAUGAACAAAUGUCUGAGUUUAUGGUCGAUUUAUGGAUCAAUUUUGUUAUUCAUGGAAAUCCAAAUGGUGCCUCGAACACGUCCAACAAUACGCUCUGGCUCCCCGUAUCUGAUAAUAAUUUGAAAUACUUGAGUAUCGAGAAAAAUGCUUCGAUGAAGACAUGGUACUGGAAAGAACGAUACGUAUUUUGGAAAUCCCUAAAUCUACAGAGAUCAAGUAACGCUCACAGAAAUACAUCUGGGAUGAUGUAUUUUACUUCUGGAAUGACUAACAAAUUUUUCUUAGGUGUGAUUGCUGUCACCAUAACAUAUUUCAGUACUCGUAGAUAAAAGGUAUCUGAACUCGUCUGAAGUGAAGCGAAGAUGAAACAUGAAACGAAAUAUUCUACCUAAGAAGGUAUACCUUAUGUACAUACAUUGUUCGCAUUAUUGUUCUGUUGUUUGAUGUACUCGUAUGCGAUUAAAGUGUACCAAUUUAUCUACCUUUCAAUA